AUGGGCAGGCAGUGCCACCAUGUCUUCCCUCCCCAGCUCGGCACACUACAGAUCAUUCACGGCAACGGCACGGCCGUGGGGACAGUGAUAACGUUCCAGUGCCCUGCUGAGCACCAGCUGGAGGGAUCAGGGGUCAUCACCUGCAUCUGGAAAGAGAACAGCACGCAGUGGACAGCCGGAGUGCCCUCCUGCAAGCCCAUCUCGAAAUACGAGACUUUUGGCUUCAAGGUGGCAGUGAUCGCUUCCAUCGUGAGCUGUGCUGUCAUCCUGCUGAUGUCCAUGGCUUUUCUAACCUGCUGCCUCAUCAAGUGUGUGAAGAAAAGUGAAAGGAGGAGGACUCAAAGAAACAUGCAACUAUGGUACCAGCUCAGAGCUGAAGAACUGGAGCACAUGCAAGCUGCUUACUUUGGGUUUAAGGGAAGAAACAAUAACAACAACAAGAAACUCAGGAAUAAAGCCACGUGUGGUGAUGUGACCGACAUGGCAUACGAUAACCAAGGCUUCCACAGGUUCCAGGAGGAGUGGCCUCGGGACAUCACAGCUCGUGGCUGCUGCAAAGACAACACUCAUCUGCCUAGCUUAGCCAAGAGCAUGGGUGCAGCAGCGACACAGCCUGUGCCAGGACACACCACUGCAGGACACACAGGGAGCUCAGUACAUGUCGUGGAAGUCCAUGGACAUCAGGAGAGCCACAGCAAAGCAGGCUGCCAGAUACCUGGGUAGCUGGUGCCUGAGAGACAAUUGUUCCUCUGGACCAAAUGAAUUUAGAUAGAAACAUGUGCCUUAAGGACAACUUAGGAAGUGAAUUAUUCCUAUGAAUUUGAAAGUUUUCUAUACUCCAAGAUUCAUUAAGAGAAAUGCUUCAUGGUUUGGUAGAAAUAACAGAAUGCAUGUGGAGGCUGGCAGCUCAUAGCCAUUCUCUGCAGAGGUGUUGUGACCAUGCAAAGGCAUAGUUAUCCUUCUGUACAUCUAGAGAAAUCGUAGCCACUUUGUAGGUUUGCCUCAUACAGAGUCACUUAUGAUAACUACACAUUCAUAAGGCUCAAACCUGCUCUUAAGCAGAGCUUUUGGUAAGCAUUUCAGGAUGAACACC